AGAUCUCCCUCUUCAAACACUCUUUUGGUUUACCAUUUUUUUGCUACAUUUUUGGUUUCAUAGAAGUAAAUGAACAAAUUUUCAAUUGUAUUUGUAUGUGGGCUGAGAAUCAAUAGGAGGCCCAUUGAUUAAUUCAUGGUACUCGAUUUGUGAUGAGUGUUUAACUAAAUGUUUACUUUGGAAAUCAUUUUCCAGUUUGGUUUGUCACAAAGUAGGUGACAUAUGGUACAAUUUUCAGGACAACGAGAAGGAGAAAAUCUCAACGAGCUUUAUGUAUAGCAUUGUUGCACUAAAGGUAUUAGCAGCUUCUGGUACUCCUUGUUUUUAAGAUACAGUGUUGAAGAAGCUCAGAAAUAUUGAUACUAGAUGUUGACUUCGCAGUAAGAGUAACACUCUGGAGUUGUUCAGUGGUGAUUCUAAAAGUUAUUCUUUAGGUGAGUGGGUGCAAGGAAAAGUGUAUUGCUGAUCGGCUUGAUACCUAUUGGGCCUUAAAUACCAGAAGGUUCUGUCUCAAUUUUGAAUAUGAUUGACAUGGCAUGGCUUAGCGCCAUAUUACUUGGAGCAGGAUGCCUUGCUUUGGGUUAUAUUAUUGGUGUACGGCAUUCUUCUGGCACUUUUCUUUCAAACAGAGCAUCUGGUGAUAUUGAAACUAUAAUUCAUGGGAAAAAGAGAAAAGGAGUCAAGCAACCUCUUGAAGUCGAAAGGCUGGCUGAGAUCCUUGAAGAUUUUAAAAUGGUUUUGGUAGUCAGGAAUGACUUGAAGAUGGGGAAAGGGAAAAUAGCUGCACAAUGCAGUCACGCAACUUUAGGUCUCUACAAAAAGCUCCAUAAUAGGGCACCAAAAUCUUUAAACAGAUGGGAGAUGUGUGGACAGGUGAAGGUGGUAGUGAAGAUUGAAAGUGAAGAUGAUAUGUUGGGUUUGCAAGAAAGGGCAAAAUCACUUAAUAUACCAACACACAUUACAAUUGAUGCUGGGAGAACCCAAAUUGCACCAAACUCGAGGACAGUGAUGGCUAUACUUGGACCGGCUGACAUGGUUGACGAUGUAACUGGUGGAUUGAAGCUUUUAUAGUCAGUCAUUUAGUUCUAAAGCUUUUAGGUUCUCUAAUGAGAAAACAUCAUUAGGGGGAAGUUGGGAAUUCAGCUACUAGCCAUGGUGUUGCAAACUUUUUUGAAUGGAUGAUAAUGAAAAAAAUUGUUGUUCCGUUUAAGUUGUAUGACAUUCUAACAAGCAAUGCAAUUUUUAUGCUGAACGUUUUCAAUUAGUUA